CCUACAAAACCACCACCAAAAUCUCUCACAACCCCUGACAGAUCACAACAAAAGUUACACAUACACAAGGCAACACACUCUCAAUUCUCCACACCACACGACCACCAGCUCAGCUCUCACUAAACCUCAUCCACUCCUUUAUCAUCGUCUCCCUCCCUCUCAUCUCCCUUCCCUCCGUUCUCAGCUCAGUCCUCCUGCCAUCAAUGGCGAAUGCUUCUCUCCAGUCCUUUCUUCUUCCCCAACACCAUUCUUUCGUCAACACUGGCGGCAGCCAUGACAGCUCCCCUUCUGCACUACUCAAGCUCUCUACCAACAGCAGCAGCAGCAUUUCCUUCAGGCUCUACUCCAACACCUCCCCCUCGGUGACCACAACCUCGACCACCAACUCAUCAGCUCCGACUCCAGUCACCCCUGCCGCAGCAGCAGACUCGCCACCCACCCCCUCCAUAGACCUGCUUGGUCGCCAGCUCGCAGCAGGGGACUACCGUCAGGCUGAUGAAACCACCCGUGCGCUCCUCAUAGAGCUUGCAGGGGAGUCUGCAAGGCGCCGAGGGUACGUCUUCUUCUCCGAGGUCCAAUUCAUCUCCGUGGAGGACCUCCGCGCCAUUGACAAGCUCUGGAAGGAGCACAGCAAUGGCAAGUUCGGGUACAGUGUUCAACGGCGGCUUUGGGAAAAGUCACGUUGUGACUUCACCCGCUUCUUCAUCAAGGUUGGCUGGAUGAAGAAGCUAGACACCGAGAUAGAGCAGUACAACUACAGGGCAUUUCCUGAUGAGUUCAUUUGGGAGAUGAAGGAUGACACACCUGAAGGUCACCUGCCGCUCACCAAUGCCCUCAGGGGGACACAGCUGCUGGGGAACAUCUUCACCCACCCGGCCUUCGUGGAAGAGAGCCAGGAAAACCAAGCCGCGGCGGAGGAGAGUGUUACAGCUGCUGGCCAGAGCAAAGAUGAUAACAAAGGGAGGGAGAGACCAAACUUUAUGAAAGAUUUCAAGCCUAACUACUCCUUUUGAGCCUGGAAAAAAAAAAGGCAUGGGAGUUUGUGAUGCAGAGAUGUUGGCAUGGUGUAAUUGAUUUAAAAGAACAUGUAUCUGUAGUUCUGUUUUUCGUACUUUCUUGAACAUGCAUGAGAAAUUGUGCAAUAUAUUAUGAAUAUAAUUGGUUCAGGUGUUUGCUCUGCA